UCUCUAUUCUCGCCGCUUCCCAGUUUCGCAUUGCGAUUUGAUCGCUACGGCUCGCACUGUCUGUACAAUCCGACCACCAACCAUGGCGGAGGUGCUCGGCAUCGACGUCUCUGUUCCUCCUAGCCUCCAUCUCAUCUCUGCUUUCCUCGCCAUGGAGGCAGCUGAUUCUUUACUUUGCAUGGCCAGGGAAUUGGGUCGCGGAUUAGUGACCGAGACAGUGCAGAGGUUCAUUUGGGAUCAUUGCAUUAGCAAAGCUCAAGAAAUCAACCAUUUUCAUGUACCUUAUCUGAAAAAUUUUAUGAAGAAACUGAUAUCUGAGGUUGAAUCAAGUCAAGUUGAAGUGUUGGAUGAGUUCUAUGAAUUGUAUUCUCAUUACAUGGUUUCAUGGAAGGAUGAGAAUCUGAGCAAAGAAAGUGCAACAAUCUCCAAAUUUGUUUCUUUUCUUUUUCCACAUGGUUCUUCGAGUUGUCAAAAGUUAAGGAAAUUUGUGGUGCCACUACAAUGCUCUCUCAACAUGCUUGCAGGUGAUACAGGGUGUUCAAUUUGGCCUUCGAGUCUAUACCUUUCGGAACUGAUACUCUCGUUUCCAGACAUUUUCUCAACAAGAAAAUGCUUUGAGGUUGGUUCAGGUGUGGGUUUGGUUGGAAUCUGCCUUGCUCGCGUCAAAACGUCAUCGAUAGUGUUGAGUGAUGGUGACCCAUCAACAUUAGCAAAUAUGAAGGUUAAUUUAGGGUUGAAUGGGUUGUGCUGCCUCAGCUCUGCAACUGCUACACCAGAAAGAACUGAAGAGGAUCUUCAAACUGUGGAAUGCAUGCAUCUGCCAUGGGAAUCAGCAUCUGAAAGUGAACUCGAAGCUUUUGCACCAGAUAUUGUGUUAGGCGCAGAUGUAAUAUACGAUCCAGUUUGUCUCCCGCACCUUGUUCGUGUCCUUUCCAUUCUUCUGCGCCCAAAGCAAAUUCAUAGCUCCACACACUCAUUCCCGGGGAGUGAACAUGUCGAUGAUGCAAAUCACAGAAACGAUGUAGACAAUGGAAGCCAUGGACACAAAGCUUGUAGAAGCGAACGCCCGGUGGCAUAUAUUGCUUCCGUAAUUCGCAACAUCGACACGUUUAAUCAUUUUCUGGGUAUCGUAGAACAGUCUAAUCUGAGUAUAUGUGAUAUAACUGAUGAACUAAAACCCAUGAACUUGCUACCUUACAUGCACUCUUACAAUAGAUCAAGUAUUAGAUUGUUUACUCUGAAAUUCAAGUAGCUUUCUUUGUUAAAUUCAUUAAUGGAGGUGAUUCACUUAUGGUCUACUCCGAGGUCGCUCAGUACCAGUCUGAUGUACUCUUUUGCCCAGAGAGAUGACAUGGAAGUGCUAGAUGAACCACUCUAUGCAAAUUUCCUUCGGGUGACAGGUUAUGAUAGGCCAUACCGUGAGGAGCUACUAUCCAAAAUGGAACCUGAUGGAAAUAAGGUCAUAAAGGACAUCAUUUUUGCACCAGGAGAAAAGAAGUACCGAUUUUGCAAGCACAUAGCAAAACAGAAAGUACCUGGUUUGGCAAGUGAUUUGAUGAAGAAAGGAAAGCACUUCAUAUUGAUAAGAAAUCCACUUGAUAUCUUGCCAUCCUACGAUAAGGUCAUACCUGCAACCUUUUCUGAAUUGGGCUUCUCAGAAUUGGUAUCUGUUUAUAAUGAGCUCAAAGAGUUGGGAAGACCCCCUCCUAUCAUCGACGCAGCUGAGCUUCAAAAGGAUCCUGAGGCAACUUUACGUGGUCUUUGUGAAGACCUCGAUAUUCCUUUUGAACACAAAAUGCUGAAAUGGGAAGCUUGUCCCAAAGCAAUAGAUGGUGUAUGGGCUCCAUGGUGGUAUAAAACUGUACAUAAAAGUACAGGUUUCGAGUCAGCAAGGAAAUAUCCUUUGCCAUUCCCAUUUACUCUGUAUGAUUUACUUGAGCAAACCGCACCGCUCUACAACUUUCUUAGGCGCCAUGUAAAGCAGAAAUCACUUCUCCUCAUGUCUCCCUUGCCUACUCCUGAUCUUCCAGUUCCUGCAAAUGAGAAGCUGCUUGCAUGGGUGGGGGAUGAGAUCUUACCUCGUGAUAGCGCGAAGGUUUCUGUGUUCGACUCUGUUGUCCAAGGCGGAGACUCAGUAUGGGAGGGACUUAGAGUUUAUCGAGGAAAAAUAUUUAAGCUUGAUGAACAUUUGGAUAGGUUAUUUGAUUCAUCAAAAGCUUUGGCUUUCCAGAAUGUUCCUACUAGGGACGAGGUGAAGGGUGCCAUUUUCGGAACGCUCAUUCGGAAUGGAAUGUUCGAUAAUGCACACAUCCGAUUAUCUUUAACACGUGGGAAAAAGGUCACUUCUGGAAUGAGUCCCGAAUUCAAUCUCUAUGGAUGCACCUUAAUUGUGCUUGCUGAAUGGAAACCUCCUGUCUACGACAACACGAGCGGAAUAACUCUAGUGACUGCCACAACACGUCGUAAUGCACCUAAUAAUUUGGAUUCAAAGAUUCAUCACAAUAAUCUUCUCAACAACAUUCUUGCCAAGAUUGAAGGAAACAAUGCGAAUGCCGGUGAUGCUAUCAUGCUGGACAAAGAUGGCUUUGUGUCUGAAACAAAUGCGACAAACAUUUUUUUAGUGAAAAAAGGCAAAGUUUUGACACCUGAUGCUGAUUACUGUCUCCCCGGAAUAACUCGUGCAACGGUCAUGGAUCUUGUGGUGAAGGAGAAGCUGGUAUUGGAGGAGCGAAGAAUCAGCCUAUCAGAAUUUCAUACUGCAGAUGAGGUAUGGACUACUGGAACAAUGGGAGAACUUACCCCUGUUGUGAAGAUCGACGGGCGUGUGAUUGGCGAUGGACAAGUUGGACCUGUGACAAGAAGGUUACAAAAUGCUUACAAGAAACUGACAGAAGAAUCAGGUGUGCCUAUCCCAACCUAUCAAGACACUACAAAGUGAACAUCUUUCCACAAGGUGCACUUUCCUUGCUACAAAUAAUUGAAUCAUCUUUGUACACUUGGUUGGUGACAAUGAGUCGGAAUUUCUACGUUCACUACUAAUAAAUGAAUGUUCUAGUCGAAGCCCUGAGGCUUA